CUCAGUCCCAGAGCCUUCGGGGAGGGCCAAGAGCUUUCAACUUGGGGGGGGGGUCCACAGGAGCAGGCGCGUCGUCAUUGGCCGGGGCGGGGCGGGGGUGUCCCAUUGGCCCCGUCCGGACCGCCUCGUGAUUGGCUCCUCCCUCGGCUAUAAGGCGGCGACCGGCUGGUCCGUGGGAGCGCGCGGGAGCGCACGGCGGGGGCGGCGGCUCGGGGAAGCAGGCGAGCGGAGGCCCGUGGCCGGGCGCCCAUGGCGUUCGCGCUGCUGCGCCCGGUUGGCGCGCACGUGCUGUACUCGGACGUGCGGCUGCUGAGCGAGGACGAGGAGAACCGCAGCGAGAGCGACGCCUCGGACCAGUCGUUCGGGUGCUGCGAAGGGCUGGAGACGACGCGGCGCGGCCCAGGUCCCGGGGGCGGGCGGCGGGCAAGCAGCGGCGCGGGCCCGGUGGUGGUGGUGCGGCAGCGACAAGCGGCCAACGCGCGCGAGCGAGACCGCACGCAGAGCGUGAACACGGCCUUCACCGCCCUGCGCACACUCAUUCCCACUGAACCGGUGGACCGAAAGCUGUCCAAGAUCGAGACGCUGCGUCUGGCGUCCAGCUACAUCGCGCACCUGGCCAACGUGCUAAUGCUGGGCGACGCAGCCGACGAUGGGCAGCCGUGUUUCCGCGCGGCGGGCGGUGGCAAGAGCGCGGUCCCCGCCGCCGACGGCCGUCAGCCGCGCUCCAUCUGCACCUUCUGUCUCAGCAACCAGCGCAAAGGGGGUAGCCGUCGUGACCUGGGGGGCAGCUGCUUGAAAGUGAGGGGUGUUGCCCCCCUCAGAGGGCCUCGGCGAUGAGCCUGGUCCCUGCAGUGUUUGCUUCAAGAAGGACUCCAGAGAAAGAGGCUAGGAGCCAGCCCCUCACUGGACAGAGGAGAAGAUUCCAGAAGCCCAAACCACUCCUGCUUUGUGUAGGGACCAGAGGACAAUGGCCUGGACACAGGGCCCACCCUGGAGAGCCAUGAGGACCCAACUAGCCAUUCAGGCCCAGCUGGCCAAGGACAAGGCAGAAAGUUCAGAAAACCAAAGACUAUUUUUGAAAGUGUGUGUGUGUGUGUGUGUGUGUGUGUGUGUGUGUUAAUGUGAUAUGUGAGAGAAUUUGGUGGGGUUAAAAUAAAGGUAUUUUUAAAU